GCAAACAGGACGAUGUCGCGCAACCUACUGCCGCCCCGCUACACUCUGACGAUAUACUCAUGGCCGCCUAUUCCAUUACGAAUUCGACAUUCGUUAAUGGACAUUUAGUCACCCAUGUAAAAACUGUGCGUACCUCACCAUCUACCACCACCGCAGUCGCUACUGUCGCUACCACUGCAGUGCGCGCGAGUGGUACCGAAGCCUCAGUGAGGUUUGACAUAGAUGGCAGCUCAAAUACUCGAUUAAAAAUUACACCUCCACCAAAUACUUCGAAGAGGAAACAAAAAAAUAAAUCAACACGUAAAUCUAAGAGUAGAAUAAAAGCAGCAGCUGACGCUCCGACUGCCACGCGGCGAGAGGCACGACUCGUCUCUAAGAAGAAAAUGUCAGACAACGAGACCGUGUGGCCGGUGAAGCACGCCGCCGUCGUCGAAGGGGACAUCAUCCUCGGCGGCCUCAUGAUGGUACACAGCCGGUCGGAGGUGGCAACAUGCGGGCCAGUGAUGGCGCAGGGCGGUGUGCAGGCGCUCGAGGCUAUGCUGUUCGCGCUGGACUCGGCGCGCGCGCUCUCGCCGCCCGGCGUGCGCAUCGGCGCGCACGUGCUAGACGACUGCGAUAACGACACCUACGGACUCGAGAUGGCGCUCGACUUCAUUAAAGGCUCUAUCAGCAACAUUGACGACGCGGAGUACGCGUGCAACGCAACAGCGCUGCGCAAGGUGAUUUCGGGUGUGGUAGGCGCCGCAUCCAGCGUCACCUCCGUGCAGGUCGCUAACCUGCUGCGCCUCUUCAAGAUUCCUCAGGUAUCGUUUUUCUCCACGUCUCCGGAGCUCUCAAAUAAGGCUCGAUUUGAGUAUUUCACCCGCACAAUUCCUUCGGACCUACACCAAGUUCGCGCCAUGGUGGAAAUUGUUAAGAAACUAGGAUGGCGCUACGUGUCCAUUAUCUACGAGGAAUCUAACUAUGGAAUAAAGGCGUUUGAAGAGCUCGAAACUUUGCUGGCGCGCAACGACAUUUGCAUCGCGGUCAAAGAGCGACUGGUGAAGGAUUCAGGCGAGGCUGACGAGCACGCGUACGACGCGAUCGUCGCUCGGCUCCUAUCGCGGCCUCGGGCUCGCGGUGUGAUCGUGUUCGGCUCCGACCAGGAGGUGGCGGGGGUGAUGGCGGCGGUCGCUCGCGCCGACGCCGCAGGUGCCUUCGGCUGGGUCGGCUCCGACGGCUGGAGUGCACGCGCACUCGUCUCGGAGGGCAACGAGGAAGCCGUCGAGGGCACCAUCAGCGUGCAGCCUCAAGCCAACCCCGUGCGCGGCUUCACAGAAUACUUCCUCAACCUGACAGUUGAGAACAACGCCAGAAAUCCCUGGUUUGUAGAAUUUUGGGAGGACCAGUUCCGAUGCCGGUACCCGGGUAGUGCGCGCACGCCGUACAACGCGCAGUACUCGCAGCCGUGCUCUGGCGCCGAGCGGCUCUCCGCAGAGAACACCGAGUUCGAGGCGCAGCUACAGUUCGUCGCUGACGCCGUGCUUGCGUUCGUGCACGCAAUCAGGGACAUGCACGCCGACUUGUGUGGCGGCAAGCCGGGCCUGUGCGAGGCAAUGCGGCCUGCGAGCGGCGCCACGCUGCUGCGCUACUUGCGACAAGUGCGCUUCAUAGGACUCAGUGGCGAUGAGUUUCACUUCGACGGCAACGGCGACGGCCCGGCGCGCUACAAUAUCCUGCAUUUCAAGCAGGUGUCGCGCGGCGUGUACCGCUGGCUCAAGGUGGGCCGUUACCUCGACGGCGAGCUCGAGCUCGACAUGAACGAAAUACAAUUCAAGUGGGAAGAACCACGCCCGCCGGAGUCCGUGUGUAGCGCCGAGUGCGAACUGGGACAGGCCAAGCAGUACGUGGAAGGUGAGAGCUGCUGCUGGCACUGCUUCAACUGCACGCAGUACGAGAUCCGGUCGCCGGUGUCGGAGACGUCGUGCGCGGAGUGCGCGUGGGGUACGCUGCCGGACGUGACGCGAAUGCGCUGCGCCGCCGUGCCCGAGCUCUACCUGCGCCCCGACUCGCACGCCGCCAUCGCCGCCAUGACUUUCUCCUCACUCGGGAUCCUGCUCACCAUGUUUGUAGCGUGCGUGUGGGCGGCGCGCGGCGACACGCCGGUGGUGCGCGCGAGCGGGCGCGAGCUGUCGUUCGUGCUGCUGGCCGGCAUCCUCAUGUGCUACCUGGUCACCUUCGCGCUCGUGUUCCGCCCCACUGACGUGCUCUGCGCGUUACAACGUUUUGGCACCGGGUUCUGCUUCACGGUGGUGUACGCGGCUCUGCUCACUAAGACCAACCGCAUCGCGCGAAUCUUCGACGCCAGCAAGCACUCGGCGCGCCGGCCUUCCCUUAUCUCACCCAAGUCUCAACUGCUCAUAUGUUCUGCUCUGGUAUCUAUACAGGUGGUGAUAGUGGUGGUGUGGCAGAUCGUGUCGCCGGCGCGCGCCAUCCAUCACUAUCCGACACGCGAGGAUAACAUGCUGGUGUGCGACUCGUACGUGGAUGCGUCAUACACGAUCGCAUUCUUCUACCCGGUGGUGUUAAUCCUGGUGUGCACUGUGUACGCCGUGCUCACCAGGAAGAUUCCGGAGGCGUUCAACGAGAGCAAACAUAUCGGUUUCACGAUGUACACGACUUGCGUGAUAUGGCUCGCGUUCGUGCCGCUGUAUUUCGGUACCGCCAGCCACGUGCCGCUACGCGUCACCAGCAUGGCCAUCACCAUCUCACUCAGCGCCAGUGUCACGCUUGUCUGUCUAUUCUCGCCCAAGGUGUACAUCAUCGUGGUCCGUCCGGAGCGCAACGUGCGCGCGAGCCUGAUGCCGGCGCGCUGGCGCGGCGCGGCGGGGUAUCGAGGAACAUCCGCAGACCGACAAGUGCAAACGGACGACACGCUUCUGUUCCCGCGGCUGCGCUCUAGUGCCACGUCCACAGAAGAGAAUGGAGUACAUUUGGAUGCUCGACGACUCUUGUCGCUUCGUGCCGGAUUGCCUGCGUUCAGCGGAGGGGGCUCGGCGCCGGCGCAGGCGGCCGCGUCCGUGGCCGUGGCGGUGGUGGGCGCCGAGUUACCGUUAUAG